AUGCCGCACGUCAUUGAGCCAGCCGUCGCGGCGUCGUCCUCCGACAAGAUUAUUGAUAAAAUUGCUGCUCUGCCUCCCGGAACAAACUACUUCUCCCUCGAAUUCUUCCCGCCUAAGACCCAACAGGGCUUCUCCAACCUCCAUGCUCGCCUCGUGCGCAUGUCGCAUUCGCUGCGACCGUUGUUCGUCAAUGUCACCUGGGGUGCUGGAGGCAGCACGGCUUCCAAAUCCCUCGCUCUGGCCGAACUCACCCAACACUCUCUCGGAUUGACCACGUGCCUGCACUUGACAUGCACGAACAUGUCACGGAAGCUGAUCGACGAGACAUUGGACCAAGCGAAAGCACUCGGGGUGCGUAAUUUGUUGGCAUUGAGGGGCGAUCCUCCCCGGAGCGCUGAAUAUCGAGAUGAUCGCGUGCCCGGUCAGGAGGAGGAUGAUAGCAAUAAAGACUUCGCCUGGGCCGUCGAUCUGGUCAGGUAUAUUCGAUCGCGAUAUGGAGACUACUUCUGCGUCGGAGUCGCUGGAUACCCCGAGGGACAUUCCGAUCAAUCACAUCCCGAACAUCAAUCGGUCGACCACGAUCUCCCGUAUCUGGUCGAAAAGGUUGCGGCCGGCGCAGACUUCAUCAUGACGCAAUUGUUCUAUGAUGUGCAAGCAUACGAGCGGUAUGUCAGAUUGCUGCGAGAGCACGACUCUGGUCUUUUCAAAACGAUCCCUAUCAUUCCCGGCUUGAUGCCGAUCCAAAAUUAUCAAAUUCUUCGACGCAGUACCAAAUUGAGCCAUGCCUCACUCCCUGACGACAUCCUCAAGCGCGUCGAAGCGGUCAGAAGUGACGAUGAAGCUGUGAAGGCGGUCGGCGUGGACAUACUGAGCGAAAUCGUUGAAUCGUUGAAAGCAUUGGACAUGGCUGACCACAGAGGGUUUCACUUUUACACUCUCAAUUUGGAAAAGGCUGUUGCACAAAUCCUCGAGCGCUGCGACCUCAUCCCUUGUUCCAUCAGCCCCGAUGCGAGUCCUGUGGGACGCAGCAGUGGUCCAGAAGAGGCCAUCGAAGAAGAGACGGAUGGCUUCAUCGUCGUGCCGGAUGCGGAUCAAAGGAGGCGACGGAGAUUAUCCUCUCAGACGAAUUCCCAGCCAGGCAACCGAGUGGUCGUAUCACGAGAAAAGACGAAAGAGAACAGCAAUCCCCACAUCGCCGUCUUCGAGGCGCCGGAUGAUGAAGCAGGGGUACCCAAAGAAAAGAUCAGCAGCCGAGCCAACACGCUUGCCAUCUCAGAGGGUCGAGGUGCGCUAGGGCGAGAAGCCAUUUGGGACGAUUUCCCCAACGGACGAUGGGGUGAUGCUCGCUCUCCCGCAUACGGUGAGAUUGACGGCUACGGCACCAGUCUCCACGUGAGUGUCCCCGAAGCCAAACGCAUAUGGGGCGAGCCGUGCAGCGCAUCCGACAUCUCCCAACUAUUCCGACGCCACAUCGAAGGCCAAAUCCCCUCCAUGCCAUGGUCGGAAGAAGCCCUCCAGCCGGAAACCCUCUCGAUCAAAGCCGAACUGCUCUCCCUCAUCGACCGCGGCUGGUGGACCGUCGCCUCCCAACCCGCCGUCAACGGGGUCCCCUCCACCGACGCCACCCACGGCUGGGGCCCCAGGAACGGCUUCGUCUUCCAGAAGCCGUUCGUCGAGUUCUUCGUGCCCGCCGGCGACUGGGCCACGCUGCAGGAGCGCUUCCUCGCCCACCCGCAGAUCACCUACUUCGCGGGCAACGACCGCGGCGACUUCUCCAGCAACCACCCGGACAGCGUCAACCCGGUGACGUGGGGCUGCUUCGCCGGCAAGGAGAUCAUCACCCCCACCAUCGUCGAGGCCGUGUCGUUCCGCGCCUGGCUGGAGGAGGCCUUCGGCAUUUUCCUCGAGUGGCAGCGCGUGUACGCCCCGGGAUCCCCGAGCAGCAAACUGCUGGAGAGCGUCCGGAGGGGGUAUUGGCUGGUGAAUGUCAUCCACCACGGGUAUCUGGAGCAGGGCGCCCUCUGGGAGGAUCUGUUGAAGUGA